AUGGCUGUCACAUCCAGUGCAUGUUUCCUGAUGCUGCUCUUCAUGACCUGCACUGGGAUUACAGUGGACCCCCCUGAGGACCUCUCCGUGUCGGACCCCGGCCGUCUUGGAUACCUGGACAUCACCUGGAGCCCCCGAAGCAGCCUGAUGAACGUAACCAAGUGCCAAACUGAGUAUCAGCUGGAGUACUUCAACUCAUUCAGGAACUCCUGGACUGUCCUCAGGACAACUAAGAUGUCCUACAGUGCUCAGUUUGAUCUGUCCAAAGACAUCUUGGUGAGAGCUUAUACCAUGAUAGAUGGUCCCUGCACCAACAACACAAUCCACAUGAGCAAAAACUACACUGAACUCAUUCAGAAGCCUCCCAGCACUGGAGUUGCAGAUACGGAAGCCAGAGAUUUUGCGUGUGUAUUUUAUAACAUGGAGAGGGUCCAGUGCAAGUGGACAAGAAGCCUGAGAACGCCAGCCGACUCGCAACAAAGUCUGUUUUUCUGGCAUAAACGACUGGAGCAGGCAGUGGAAUGUCCCAGCUACAUCCUGUCAGGUGGAGUCAGAAGCGGUUGUGAACUCUCCAGAAGUUCUCUGGUUGAGUUCUUUGAUAUCAUCUUCUGUGUAAACGGCUCCUCCUCUGAAGGCUCCCUGAAGCCCAUGUUUGCAUCCCUGCAGAUCCAGAACCACAUAAAGCCUGAAGCCACACAAAAGCUGCAUCUGCAAACAAGUUCAGACGGGAAGCUGGAGCUGCUCUGGGAGAAUCCUGUGAGGAAGCUUCCUGAACACUGCCUGGAGUGGGAAGUGAAACACAUUCAUGAGGGAUCUGAUGGAAAAAUAAAAUUGAAAAUCAUUGAGACCAAAGAGACCAGCCUGACUCUGCCGCUCACCCCACACACGGAGAGAAACUGCUUCCAGAUCCGCUCCAAACUCAGCUUCUACUGCGUCGCUAAAAGCCUUUGGAGCGACUGGAGCGAGGAGGCGUGCCACCCAGAACGAGCAGAAUAUGCAUGCGUGCUGAAAUUAGACCCUGUACCGGUCCACAUCUACAUAUUUGCAGCCAUCGUUGUCGUGCUGAUAAUGUGCUUGUGUGUAUGGGCAGCAAUGAAAAUGAAGAAAACAAAACCAGAGAAGAAACUGGACUCUCUGCUCAUCUCCCUGUUCGCCAAAACUUCAACUCUCGCAGCUGAAAAAGUCUUCAAAGGGAAGAAAGUGAGUCCUGACGCCAUGAUCUGA